AUGUCCCUCGUCCACAUCACCAACACCUCCUUUUACGAAUCGGUCGACUCGGCGACCUCGGUCCCACAGGCCCACUGGCCGCUCUACAUGGCAACUGAGGACCUCGAGGACGGGAUGCGAGCGUGCAUCGUCUACCCUAACUGGCUCAUGGCCGGUUGCUGCGAGAAUGGGUCGGACAAGCGCAAGCGCUCGGAGGACAGCUCGCUCUCCCACGACGAAGGGUGGGACGUGUGUAUCACGACUCUGAGCGACAAACAGCUGAAGAAGUGCUUCAAGAAACUGGCGGCAAACAGCGAUGACGACGACGACGACGACGAUGACAACGGGAAUGACUGGGAAGACGAGGAAUCUGGAAACGGGAAGGAAGGGGACGGAGAUGACGGAAGUUGGAAGCCGAACGACAAGGAUGAGGGGGGCUAUGACGAUGGCAGCUGGAAGCCCAACGGCGACGGCGAGGACAAGUACGACGACUGUAUGUGGCAUGGCAAGCGCAUUUUUCGGCGCGCAAACCUCGUGCGCCGCGACGCGUUCGAGUUUUCCUGUGUGAGACCGUCUGGUGCUCGCCCCAAGUUUUCACACCGGGUCGUGUUCGCCAGUUCUGUCUUUGCCGCGGCCUUGACCAUUCUUGCGGCCGGCCUGUAA